GUAAGUAUGUAUGCACGAAUUAGUCGCGCGAACAGUUCGCGAACAAUGUCCUACUUGCUUGAGUGUUGCUGCUUCGUCGAACUGCUUGAAUAAAUCGAGCAUACAACUCGAAUCUGUUGUCUGAGUAAUGUCGAUGGUGUUUCCUGUCUAUUUCACACUUGUCGGGAAGAUGAGUGUGAUCUCUGCGCUGGCGCAAAGCUGUCCCACCACCGUUGGCUGUUUAUCGGUGCGCGGCUCUAUUCGAGAAGCGUCAAAUCAACUCCGACUUUUGCCCGGAUACGAGGUGAUACUCUUUCUCUCUUUCUCCCACUCUCUCUCUUUUUUUUUCUUGAUCUUGUUGUCGAGAAUCAAAUGCGACAUUGAGUUGCGCGGCAUCAUUCCGAAUCCUCGUGAAACGGAAACUUUUAUCUCGAUGAUCUCUUCGUCGCCCAUGUGAGAACAUCUUCCGCCUAGAGCUCGUUUUUCUUCCUGGAUUUCUCGUCGCCGGACGAUCGGCACAGUUUCGUCGUGUCUGAAUCGAGACACGAGAACGAAAGUAAAUAUGAAAAGCCAAUUGACUGAGAAAAACUACUUGACAUCGAAAAAGACACAUUGAAAAAUCGACGAUGCCGCGUCUCGGUCAAGCCUCAUCGUUCGAUUGUCGAUUCCGUCGAGCUUGCGACGAUCUCGUCUUCGCGUAAGCCAAGGAGUGCAAACAAUUCGCACAAAACAUCCCUCCUCGUCGUAAUUUCGUUUUGUGAAUAAUUUACAAGCGACGAUGAGCGACUGUCGAGCUAACUAAGUGAGAGAGAAGAUAUACACACACACACACACUCAAAUAUCUAAUUUUCAAUCUGCAAAGUUGAUCGGAAAAAAAAAACAAAGAGAAGAAUAAGGUUUCGUUCGGAUAGAACUUCACCGUCUUUAUCUUCUCGAAGUUGAUAAAGAGAAGACAAAAUGAUCUCGAGCGCAACGACGAACCUCACGCGAUUUCGUCAGGAAGAUCCAGAAGAUUUCUGGAAUUUUUCGACGGAAAAUCAAUUCGCGAUCGACGACACGACGAUUCGAUACGACUCGCUCUCUGACAACUACACGAAAACGGUCGACAACGAGUCGAUUUUCCAGUUCAUCGACGAGAAUGUAACGAACAAUCGGGACCCGCUCUCCAUCCUGGUGCCUAUCACGGUGAUCUACAUCGUGAUCUUCUUGACCGGUCUGAUCGGCAAUAUCUCCACGUGCGUGGUGAUCGCGCGCAACAAGUCCAUGCACACCGCCACGAAUUAUUACCUCUGCAGCCUGGCGAUGUCCGAUCUGUUGCUGCUGGUGUCCGGCCUGCCGACGGAGAUGUGGAUCAUCUGGUCGUUUCCUUACAUCUUCGGCGAGACGUUCUGCAUCCUUCAGAGCUUCGCCGCGGAGACCGCGGCCAACGCGACCGUUCUUACCAUCACGGCCUUCACCGUCGAGAGAUACGUGGCGAUUUGUCAUCCCUUCAUCUCGCACACCAUGUCAAAGCUGUCCCGGGCGAUUAAGUUCGUCAUAGCCAUCUGGCUGAUGGCUCUGUGUCUCGCCGUGCCGCAAGCCAUUCAGUUCGGUAUAAUGUACAAUUAUGUCAACACCACCACAAUCAUCCUGGAUAGCGCGAGGUGCUCGAUAAAGUGGAUAUUGGUCGAGCACGCCUUCGAGAUCUCGACCUUUCUGUUCUUUGUUCUGCCGGUGACGAUUAUCAUCGUCCUGUACAUGCUGAUAGCCAUCAAGCUGCGAAGCUCGAACAUGCUGACCAAAAACAUAAGCGGUGGUCACGUGCGAGGUAUUUUGAACCACGUGGAUAGCGCCAAAAGAAGAAAAGAGAACGCCCAGAAGAACGUCAUUCGCAUGCUGGUUGCAGUUGUCGUCACUUUUAUUAUUUGCUGGGCGCCCUUUCACGCUCAACGUUUACUUGCCGUCUACGCCAGCAGCCGCGUGAAGAAACGGCCCGAGGAACUUCUCACACUGCAAUCGAUAUACGAGGUUCUUACCUACGUGUCCGGGAUAUUUUAUUACUUAUCAACAACCGUGAAUCCUAUUCUCUACCAGAUUAUGUCGAAGAAGUUUAGACAAGCAUUCAAGUCGAUGCUGCCCAAAUGGUACAUCAAGAAGUUCUCGUCCCGUCAGGACAAACAGCCGACUUACAGUAUUUUAACGCGGUGCCAGAAGCCGACGACGAGAUAUCGUUUAGACGCCACUCAGCACGCGACAUUCGUCGACGACGACGAGCAGCAACGACUAACGCACAUCGCGCUUACGGACAAAAAACCCGCGAUAAAAUCGAACGGAUUUUUCGCUCAGCAGAGACCGGACAACUCCUCGCCGACGAAGGAGCAAUCGGAAAACGUGCCGGCGCGAUACGAAAGCGACACGAUCAGCAACUCCAGCCUGAAGGACCUCGAAGAGACCGAAUUUACCGAAACGGAGCUUACACGUUACAUGACUACUCGACAAUACUGGAAGGGCGCAUGACAUCGCCGCAUCUGAAACAAGACCGAUCUCGACGCUAUCCAUCGCGCACGUGACAUCGCAACGGAUCAACAAACACGCGGCAGAGCAAAGAAACUCGUCUCAUUUGCAAGCCCGUGCGCACAUACGCAACGUAGCACGCGGUGCAAAAGCGCAGCGCAAGCCGUAAUUUUGUCAGAAACUAAGGAAUACUUAAUAUAGCUUAGUUUUUUCUUACCGAAAGAGACUGAAGGAAAACGUUUUGUUUUAGAAAUAAGAUAUAUUUUUAUACAAAAAAAAAAUAAAAUAAAAUACGUAACUCUCACUGUUAGCCAAAUAAAUAGAUCACUCGUAUUAGUCACUCGUAAUGUUUCUCUGUGCCUCGAAAUAAAAAAAAAAAAAAAAA